UCCGCCGCGGCCAUGCCACGAGCACGCUGUGCUGCGCUCGCAUGAGACCAGCCCGACUACUGCCCGACUAUUGCCCUUCCGCGCAUCAUCAGCAGCGGCCGCAACAGGGAAAGAAGCCCGUAUCAUCGACGACCGGCGCAAAAUCUAAGGACGUCCACCGCCUACCCUUAUCGUUAUCCCGCGUAAAGGAGGCCAUACCGACGAAGUCAUCGACCACGGCCACGGAGGAGGUCCCGCGUCCCGAUUGGCGCGACCUGCGAGUGCAACGUACCGCGAGUGCCGAACCGACGGCGACGGUGCUACCGUCACGACGACGACGACGACGACGACGUAACCCCGGUGCGCUCGCGUUUCUCGCGUGUCGGUGCGGUGCGGUGGUGCGGUCAACGGGUGUCGGAUGACUUCCCCAGGACGACAGACGUGCUUCGUAGUCGUAGAAGGUUAUUAUAUAUUGCCCCGGUCGUUAUAUCCCGCAACGAGAUCCGUCGUGGACGAGGCGCGUCUAGGGUGCAGCCCGAUCGGAGCAACGGUAACGUCCCGUCGGCGUCGACGUCGUCGGUGGUGCGCCGGCCUGCCUACCCGCGUCAUACCCACGUCGCAUACCCCGUGCACGCGCGUACAUCGCCGCCACCACCACCGUGAUGGCGGAGCUACCUCAGCCUGACAUGUCGCACCUCACCCCCGAGGAGAGGCGCAUCAUAGAGGGUGUUUUAAUGCGCCAAAAGGAGGAGGAGGAACAGGAUCAUGAGAUUAUGAGACGAAAGCAAGAUGAGGUGCAGAUCCUCGAAGAAACGAUACGGAUGCGUUCGGAGAAACACAAAAAGGCCGGGGUUGAGCUGAACGCCACGUGUCACAUAUGCCUGAAAACCAAGUUUGCCGACGGCGUCGGCCACAUCUGCAACUACUGCGACAUCCGAUGCUGCGCACGCUGCGGCGGAAAGGUCACUUUACGGUCAAGCAAGGUGAUAUGGGUGUGCAUACUUUGCCGGAAGAAGCAGGAACUUCUUUCGAAGACCGGGCAAUGGAUGUCGAAAACGAGCCUCGGCGCCGUGGACAACGCGCUGCUGCGGCAAAUGCAGGAGGACUUGCAGGUGGGUGGUCAUCAGGGACUCGCGGACCAAACUCGGGAUAAAAGACCGAAACUCGAGAGGGCGCACAGUGCGGCUGAGAAAGAGAAUUUGCCGUUAUUACAGAGAAGCGGAAACUGUCCUCUCAGGAGACAGUACUCCCAGCAAGAGCAGAUCUCGGGUCGCCGGAUGUCCACGAGCGACAGUGGGGUGGAAAUGUCCGUUUCGCCCCACGCGAGAACCUUACCGACACCCCACGUGGUUGGUUCUUACCCGGUGCAACAAAUUCCGAGGCAUCCUGCAUCCUAUCCCGACGACGAUCCCAAUUUAUACCGAGGCGAACUCGACGGUCUGAUGAGACAACAUCCGCAGAAUUAUCAGAGGCAACGAUCGACCUAUCAAGAUCAGGGUACAGACCUCGGGAUGACUUACGGUCAGGCACCGAUGGAGACUGGCUCCGUUCGUACUACAGUGCAUCCCUCACAGCAGCAUUCGAUGCAUCAGACACAGGGCGGACGUUCCGCUCAACCUACGUCAACAGUGGGCGUCCCGCAGCAAAGAAGUUUCAGUAGCAGCGAGGAAGAGCGAAGCACACCGGAAUGUGCCAGCGAGCUGGACGAGCCGGACGAGUCGGAGAAGGGGCAAAAGCCACCGCCGCUAGGGAUGACUUCCAGGGGUACGCGAGAGAAGGCGGCAGACAGAAUGAAUCGGCAAUUCCCCGCGCAUCCGUUAUCCUGGCAAGUGAGCGAAGACGGUCAGAAGCUCAUCGGCCACAUGGUUUUACGAAAAUCGGCUGGCUCCGGAAGCUCUAGUAGUAUACUCGGACUAAAAGUUGUCGGUGGCAAGCUAUUGGAAGAUGGUUCCAUGGGCGCUCUGAUCGAGAAAGUGAAAAAGGGUAGCACGGCGGACGUAGAAGGUCAACUUAGACCCGGUGACGAGGUGAUCGCGUGGAAUGGGAUGUCCCUUCAAGGCAAGAACUACCAAGGAGUUUACGACACCAUCGCCAAGUCGAGGCUGGAGCCGCAGAUUGAGCUCGUAGUUGAGAGAAAGUUGUCGUCGACAACAACGGGCAUGGCGCCUGCUGGACCGGGCCCAUCGACGCCCAUGGCAUCCAGAAGAAUCGCCGCUCAGAGCCAGUGGAGACAGAAACACGAGACCAUCUCCGGGCCUCCGACGCCGCAUCACAAAGGUCUUAAGAAAUGCUUACUAUGGGAAUUGUACGACGCGAGGCGUGAGAAACCCUCGGUUUUAGUGACGUCGCCGGGCUCGCCGGACCUGCACGCCCAAGGACGCGGGCGACACUCCCGACAUCCGACCGGAAAUGCAAACGUGGGCGGUAGUAUCCAGGUGAAGCUGGGCUUCGAUCCCGUGGGACUUCAGCUGAUCGUCACGAUAAUAUGCGCCGCGGGGCUUACGCCAAAGAGCAACGGCCAACCUAGAAACCCUUACGCCAAAGUCUUUCUGCUUCCUGACAAAAGCGAAAAAUCGAAACGACGUACGAAGACCGUGGCGAACACGAACGAUCCCAGAUGGAAUCAGACAUUCGUUUAUAAUGGAGUCAGGCGCUCGGAGCUGAAGAAGAGGGCACUGGAGAUUACGGUCUGGGACUACGCUAGGUACGAGGCGAACGAUUUCCUCGGCGAGGCUGUCCUGGAAUUGGCAGUAUGUCUCCUGGACGAGGAACCAGAAUGGCAUUCUCUGACCGCUCACGGAGAACACCGGCAUGUCAGGCAUUACCAAGAUUCUGAUGACAUGCUAGACUGUCAUCUUAGUCCACCGUCGACCACCUCGAGAUUAAGUGACUCCGACACCUCGGAGUGCGACAUUACGGAUUGCGACGUGUCGAGGGAACAAAGGAGAACGGCUGACGGUGCCAGCAUAAGCAGUAUUGGCAGUUCCUCUAGGUUUCAUAAUAUGCCGUCAAAUUAUAAGCGCCACUAUUCUAGCCCACCGCCGGAGAGGGAACUGUGCAUCGAUGGCGAGCAUCGGAGUCGAAGAGAUAUGUCACCUCAGGGACGCAAAAGGGCAGCCCUAAUGAUUUCUCGUGACCAGCCUGCUUCUAUCUCGAGUUACCAGACAUAUCGUAAGGACGAGAUCCAUCGGGGAAUGAUGGGUCACAGGUCGCACAGCGCGGCACCUAUGGACUCUCCAAAUGUUAGAUACCGAGGAAGGUCUCAGAGUCCCACCGGUCAUCGUUCCUUAUCUCCACCCGAGUAUAGAUCCAUUCCCUACUCGCACGGAUACGUUCAUACGACGAGAUUCGGCUCGAGAUCGGCGACCGCCACACCUACUGGAUCGCCGAAGAAACGUCAGCUACCUCAAAUCCCGGCAGCUUUGAAGGAAAGAGUCGCGCAAGAUUUUGAGGAACGAGCAAGAUUUAUGAGACAUCGCAACAGACCGUCGAUAUACAGGAGCACGGGUAUGGGAGGUUGGGAAAGGCAUUACAGCGGCCUUUCGGACUCGGAUCUUCCUUCAAUUGGACACGAUCCACUAACGUUGUCACACAGUCACGCUCACAGAUUGCACAGGUCGAGGAGGGGGCACUUAAGUCCCGAUAAAGAUAUACUCGGUGAUCUUGGAGAUUCUGACAUGGAGAGCAUAGCUUCGGUAACGAGCAGUGCCUUUAGUACGCAAUCGGAACGACCGCGUGGAUCAAGAGCACUAAUGCCAGGGGCCGUCGGUCUGCUAUCGCGCCGGGCCAAGAGUUUCGAGUACGAGAGCAUUUCGAGCAACAUAUUCAGCGACGACAGUCUCAGGACGGCCAGAAGAAAGCUCAAGCGGAAUCUCUCUCUCAGCGACGCCGGGUACGGUGACAAGAUACCGGCGCUGGACGAUCAGAGCAAAUCCUACUACGAUUCUAACGGUGACGACAAAGUGCCUAAGAGUCUCACGAGCAAAGAGACGAAUUACGAUUUUUUGCUCGAUGAGGACCACAAGCCGUUUUACGGAUACGACUCGGAGCUCAGCUGCGGCGAGACGGAGAUUUACGUUCCGAGUUUCGACAAGCAGAACAUCGAGACCGACGAUUACCAAGCCUCGUACAGUUCCCGUUUAACGGACGACAAUGAUCUGUUCAGCGACAACGACCGCGCUCAUCUCAGGAAUGUUCUGGACAAGGAUGAUACUAGCAAGAAAAAGUACAUGGACGAAAGUUACUUGAAUCACGAUUCCUCGUACAUCAGAGACAUAUCUUCGGAUACAAGAACCAAGAACGUAGAUAGUGAUCUUAGUAAUUCGAUCGGCGAUAUCUAUUGUAGCAUCGAGGACACUCUUUCGUCCACUAAAAAUUACGAUCGUGAUAUUCUCGCGAAAUCCACCACGAAGAUCCACGAUACCGCUACUAACAUGGAUAAGUGGAUGUCGACGGAUGUAAAAGGUGUCCUGCGAUCUCGCGGAACAACUGGUCGUUCUUAUCAAGAGGAUGAGAACAAAACUCGCGAGAACUGGGACACCGAUUACGAUAAAGGAUUUAUAGACCGAGAAAAAGGCGAUCACUACGAACGGAAGAAAUUUAAUUACCUGGACAAAAGCAUUGGUGCCUUAAAAAUUGGCGGCUCAAUGCGCGAAGGCGAGUACUUUCAUGACGUAACGGAUCGUUCUUGUGCCGUUAAGGGGAAGUGUUACGCCCUGUCCGACGAUGAUGACAGAAAGUUCGCGACGAGCGAUUACAUCAGUUACCGUUCAUCCGAUGACUACGAUUAUUGGACUACGCACACCACAGACGGAGCCGUGCCGCGAAGACGAAGACGAAGAGGCAGGAGAGGCAGUAGAGAGGGAGGCGCAGGUGACUACGAGAACCUGCGGACCAGAGACGUGUUAGGCGCUCAGUCGAGAUUAACGGACAGUAAGAGAUUGAUGACGAUCCAGCGAACGGAGUCCACGCCUACUCUACACUCAGACGAGGACCUGAGUUCGAUUGCGGAUCGCGCCAGACGCAUGUAUCGUCGCAAGCGAAACAGCAGCUGUCCAGAGAGCAGAGAUCUGCGAAUGUACGGGUCGCGAUGGCGUGACGAGAGAACGAGUAGUGUACUAGAGUCUGACGAGGAGUUCGGCUCGAUGGAGACGGUAGUCGGCGCCGAUUAUUUCCGUCGUACUUCGGGCUACGCGUCGGACGCUAGAGCGAACGACAGCGUUAGAUCGGGCUUCUUUGACGCGGAGCAAGACCGUGGUAGCUACUUAGACGCAAGAUACGAUCAUGAGGACCGAUAUCAGGAUCGCAGUUAUCCGGUGGUACGCGCGCUAGUUAGGUCAGGGUCGCAGCGUUCGAGUCGCGAGGCGCGACACGUAUCGCGCGCUAGGCGUAAGAGUAGUUGCCCGGAGUGUCGUGAGCUAGCACUGUCCUCCUCGGAGUUAGGUAGGUCGGGAUCGCUAUCGCGGAAGGGUGACGAUCCUCGGCGUUCAUCGUUAGAGACGAAGCAUAGAUAUCGUAGGCGGAACAGCAGCUGUCCGGAAGCUAGGGAUCUCGAAAUGCUCGAGAAGAGGCAGCGUCAGCAGCAGCUCGUGCAGCUCCAUCAGCAGCAACAGCGGCACUCAAGCCAGCAGUAUCAGCAGCAGCAGCAGCAGCAUCAGCAGUUCCAGCAGCAGCAGGCGCAGCAUCAACAACCGCAGGGAAGUAGUAAGAGGAACGUGGCGAUCAGCGACACCCUCGAGUACUACGAGUACUCGAUGGAGAGCGAGAGCCAGUGCAGCGAGAACUGCGGAUUUGGCCCGUGCGAUCCGCGUAGGCCCCGUAACCGAGCACCCCGCCCUGGUAACGCUAAUUCGAGUCUCUUUGAUUCCCAAACCGCUACCUCCGACACUGCUAAAAACUACCAUCCACGGAUCGACGGUCAUCAUCACCAACACCCACAAAACACGAAAACGUCGCCGCUCGCCAAUGUCGCCGAUGUGGCGUCGACGUUUCUGCCACCGUUGCCGCCGUCGUCCUCAUCGUCCGCCCGGCGACGACCCCGGAAAAAAUCCGCUUACGAUGUCGACGUCGUCGCCGCCGUCGCCGAUCGUCGCGACGACGACGACGCACGGAAUCGUCGUUCCUCAUCUAUGCCCGAAAGCAGCGAGUACACCAGCCAGUCGAGCUCGUAUGAGAAGACGUCCAGACGCCAGGUCACCGACAACGGGCACGACGAGCGCGACAAGAGAAGUCAGUUCACCAGGAGUCUCAGUAACGCCGAUGUGCCGCAGGACGAGAAAGACACGGGUAGUUUCAGCGAUACCGCGAUUGCAUUGAACGUUGAAGAUGCGGCGAGGAGAGGCCGUAAGAGCUCGCCGGGAAGUAAAAGCGGAAGCGGCAGCAGUAGCGGAAGCGCGGUGCAGUAUCAGGCAGGUCUGGGCAAGAAGAGCAAUAGCACCAGCCAAUUAUCCGCGACAGAGUGCGGCGGGAUGCUCAUCGGCAUUGGUGGAAGUGCCGGCGCCGUGGCACGCGGUUCCGGCUUAACGAGCCGGAAGCGUAACAGCACGCCGUGCAGCAUACUACGAUCCGAGGAAAUCAUGCCGGCCUACCAGCGCUUUGACAACAAACAAGCAGGAUCCGCAGCCAGCGAUACCGCCGGAAGUCUCAACUCGAUCUCUAGUUCCGAAGGAAGCUCUUGGUCUCCCAGUCUGCGAAUGGCAGGCGAAGGGCAGUUGAGAAACUUCAUUGAAGAUCUUGGACCGGGCCAAGUGGUCGGAAGACAGGCACUUGCUACCCAUUGCCUCGGCGAGAUUCAACUGUCGUUGAGCCACACGAAGGGCUACCUUGAGGUAGAGGUCAUACGUGCCAAAGACCUUAAAGCGAAACAAGGCAGCAAAGUAAUACCAGCUCCUUACGUGAAGCUGUAUCUGGUGAACGGUAAAAGAUGUAUAGAGAAAGCGAAAACCAUGAUGGCCAGAAAAACGUUGGAUCCAUUCUAUCAGCAAUUAUUGGCUUUCAAAGAAAACUGCCGGGGUUGUAUAUUACAGGUGACAGUAUGGGGUGACUAUGGGCGGAUAGAGGGGAAAAAAGUGUUCAUGGGUAUUGCACAGAUCGUAUUGGAUGAGCUGGACCUCAGUCAGAUGGUGUUCGGAUGGUACAAGCUGUUUGACACCCAAGCCCUGGUCAGUGGAGCUUCAUCCCUUGCUUUGUCCCGUCGAUCUUCGGUCACAUCUCUCGAUUCUUUUAAAAUCUAAAAGAAUGAACUGCCCGAAGAACGUACCGAGAUAUUCCUUUUAUACGUAUAUAUUUACCGAGAAGGUCUUUGAGUUUCUUGCAGUAGACAAAGUAGAGCAGAUACAAUUGAGUUCGAGCUCCUAUCGCGGUGCACCUAUAGUCGCUUUUAGUCAUUAACAAAGUACCGAAAAUGCACGAGUCUCGAUGUACAAGGUAGUACUUACUUGUUUACUUUAACCGAUUCAACAAUUAGAAAGUGUAUGGAAAUUGUUAUAAACGUCUUUAAUAACUUAAGUGACACGCAUAAAGUCAUUGCUUGAUGGUAUUACAUGUAGUUUCAAAUAAAUAUUAGGGGAUAGAGAGAGAGAGAGAGUUAUACCACUACACUGUAUACAUCCACUGUAUAAAAGUUGAGAGAAGUAUCUAUAUAAUUCUCUAUCGUAAUAUAUAUUACUUAUAUUCUUCACUACGAGGUUGACAGAAUUGAAAAGAAUCUUAUACACCCUACGCGUAUCCCCCGUAGGCUAAAUUAAUGUCGAAGCCUAAUGCUAUUUAACGAGUGACGUUCGGCUCUGAAUACGGUAAAAUCAGUUUAACGAAUAACAAGGAGUACACACAGUAUGAAAAGUGAUUGCACGGAUAAUAGAAAAUUCUGCGGGACCGGAAUGAAAACGAGAGAUAUAAAGCAAUGCAAAGGCGAUGCGAGAAUUCGGGGAAAAAAAAUAAACAGUGAAAGAACCGUACGAAAGGACAUGUCUCUCUAGAAACACCACUAGUACAUCACAUAUCAUGUACGGCAUAUCAGACGAGCCACUAGUCUGUAUGUAGAGACUAGAUGUAGACGUAGCAGCCAUGUUCCCGGAGCGCCAGAUAGUUUUAGUGAAAACAAACUAAAUCAAGCACGUUCGGGAUAGAUGUGAACUCAAAUGUGGUGUACUAGAUAAAUAAGAUGUGAAGAACGAUCAAUGACACUCGUUUUCAGUGAAUCUAAAUGUGGUUAAGUGAAUAAGAAAUUCAUGAACAUAGUGAGAAAUAUGAAGCGACAAACGGUCAUGGACUUCAUUUAAUCGGCAUGCGAGAGGGAUUAAAAAUGUUGAGACAUUCCAAAUGGAAGAAGACAUUUCCAAACUUUGUAUAUAAUUUAGGACAGUUCAAGUACUAAAUGUCGAUCUCCGAAACGAUCGGCUAAAAAAAAAAGACAUUUAUCGUUGUCAAAUUUUUAGUCGAAAAUGUCACCGUCAGAGCAUAUAUUAUUUAAUGUAAAUAUUAUAAUAACACUGAUAUGAGAAUUUGCGAUAUGUGCGCGCAAGUUUGAAUGGGUAACAACGUUUACUUUGUAUAUCUCUGUUGACUUACAAUUUCUACGAUAAUCGUCGUUAUAAUUUCGGCAUUUUAAUUACGUUGAAUCUGAUCCAACUUAACAUUUUCUAAGUUAGCAAUCGGAAUAAUUAGAAUGUACAAUGAAUAAUGAUAUGAUUAAUUACACAGUUUGUUCCCUCAA